AUGAGAUCAAUCCCAAUCCCGGCUGUGAUGACGACACCCUCAAGCCAAAAUCUGUUCUCUAUAAGGUCGUUCGCCUGUGGGGAGAAGCUGCCGCAACUUUGGGGAGACCUUUCCAAGACAUCAAAGGUUUGA